AAAAAGUUGCAACAAAAGUCUCAAGAUAUUGUGAAUGCCAUGGAUGAUGUUAAGACUACCAAAAUGUUGAUCCAGGAGCUAAGAGAUAAUGGUUGGAACAAGCUUAAAGCUGACGUGCUUUCAUUCUGUACCAAACAUGGAGUUCAAACACCACAUUUCAGUGAGUUAUAUGUGGAUUUCAUUAAUUCUCGUGCGGAGGAUGAGACUACAGUUGAGCACCAUUAUCGCUGUGACAUUUUCAUGGUUGCUGUUGAUCAGCAAGCACAAGAGCUGAAUUGUAGAUUCAACAAACAAGCUACAGAGCUUCUCAUCCUGUGUACUUCCUUGGACCCAAAAGAUUCAUUCCGUUCAUUUAACAUUGAUAAUAUAUGUUCUCUGGCUUCAAAGUUCUAUCCUGCUGAUUUUAAAGAACAAGAAAUGAAUAAUCUAAGAUGUCAGUUACGACAUUACGAGAAUGUUGUACCCACAAGCCCAAAGUUUCAGAAUUUGACAACUACAUCAGAACUUUGUCAACGACUUGCAUCUAGUGGAAAAUCAGAUGAAUAUUACUUGAUUGACAGACUCAUUCGGCUUGUUCUUACUUUACCGGUUUCAACGGCAACUACAGAACGUGCAUUUUCUGCCAUGAAACUUGUGAAGACAAGGCUUCGGAAUAAAAUGGAAGAUGGAUUUCUAAGGGACUGCUUGCUAAUUUAUAUUGAAAAGGAGAUUGCUGUUGGAAUAUCAACAGAUGCAAUUAUAGAUGAGUUCGAUGAACCACCACGUCGAGUGCCAUUUAGUUGAAGGCUUGGAGCAAGUUAGUUUCUCUAUCUUCUAUUAUCUAGAUUUUUCUUUUGUGUGAUGUACCAUUGAAAAAUUGCAUAUCCUUU